CUACCAUCACUAUUUGUUUUGUUGCUAUUUGCAAAUAAAUCUUAAAUUUCUCGAUUUGUUUUUUGUGAAAUGGGUGAAGAAACUAUUAACUCAACGCAAAACAAAACCAGAACGAAAACUACGCGACCGAAGGCAGUGUACCUGUGGACAGUUAGCGAUGUGCUCAAGUGGUAUCGCCGCCACUGCGGUGAAUACACCCAGUAUGAGCAGCUCUUCGCCCAGCACGAUAUAACCGGAAGGGCUCUACUCCGGAUCACAGACUCCUCACUGCAAAGAAUGGGCGUGACGGACAACCGGGAUCGGGAAGCCAUUUGGCGGGAGAUCGUUAAGCAGCGACUGAAGACGGAUAUCAUGGAAAUCCGGGAUAUGGAAAGGCUCAAUAUUUACUAGGGUCACGAUAUACUCGUUUUAUUUGCUGUAAUAGGAGAAUAGUUAAUGCGUAUUUUGUAAACUUUCUUUUUAAGAUUCUUAGACGCCAUAUCUGGUUUUAGAUUAGACAAUCAUGUAUGCUAUUAAUCAAAUAUAUAAGAGCGCAAAAUUCUAGAU